GUUAAGUUAAGGAUGUAGCACUUGACCACUGUUCCAACCUAUCUAAAAAAAAAAAAGUAAAAUUCUACAAAAUGUUCUUCUAGAAAAAGGAAAAAUAAACAAGUUACCGGAUUUUCAUAAGAAUUAAAAAAAAUACUACCAAACGGGGACUAAACCAAGGUAUGUCCCGGUCCGGUGUAUCUCAUUUUAUAACUUCUUAACGAAAGGGGAAGGGAAAAGAGAGUGAGAGAGAUGGCGGGUGCAUUUUGGGGGACAAGGUUUCUGGAGAUAGUGAAGAAGCACGACUCAGGUGGGAAGGUCUGGAAAAAAAUAAAGCUUACUCCUACUAGAAAAGCCAAUGCCAAGAAGAGACUUCUUAGGGUUUGGCAGAAUGAGGCAGUCUUGAAGGCAUUAUCUGCUGAACCUCCUUCAGGAUCUGCAGUAGCUGGGGGUACUCAAAAGGAGGAAAAAAGCAGCAACAGCACGUAACCUUACUUAACCAGCAAAGUGAGUAAAAUAGGAAAUUGUGAGCCAGGAGGACGGUUUUUGUCCAUUAUGAGCUGCAUGGUACAUAAAUCUUUUCAGCUUACAAAUGAAACUUGAAUUGAAUAUUUCACUAGCUGUUUGGUUCUUUUUGAUCUAUGAAUGUUUAUCUAAUUGUGAUGAAGAUUGAGGGUCUUUUUCUUUGUUCGUAGAUAUUCGUAUCUGAACCUAGUAUGUUCAGGAAUUCUUCAUGCAAGUUAGUUUUCGAGUGUAAAAGAAAAAAUAAAAAUAAAAUUACUUUGUUGUUGUUGAGCUGAUAUAAGUUUGAAUGUCCAUUGUCCUACA